GGCGACCCCUCAUGCCUCGGGGAUUUCCACGGGGUGUCCACCAUAUAAAAUGAGAGGGCUGAGGAGGGUGGACCAGCCGCCGAAGUCCUGUACGAUCGGUGGUGGGGAGUUCUUCUCUGACGCUGGUUUAAGGAAGGAAGGAAAUAUAAAUGGUUUCUGAGAGUUGGUAUCGGAGGAUUAGGGCCUGGUUCAGUUGACGAAGCAGUUCUUAUAGAGGGGCUGCGCGGAUCGCAGGUCGAGGCUAUACCAAGUUUCAGGAUCAAGAGAAGGCAGUUUGACGGAGAAAAAAGAAGAAAAAAAAAAGUGAGAGAUAGGUUUUGGUGUGACUUGAGUGCGGGAGAUGGAGAUUUUUAGCAAGGAAAGAGUUUAAUGAAUUAUUUCUUCGCUCGGAGUAUAUUAUUUGAAGGGAAGGAUUGUUCUUCCCGAAUCGAUAAGUGAAAUCGAAGGAAAAUGAGGCAACGGUGAGUUAAAGAAUCUUUGUUGAAUAGAGAGAAAAAGGUGCGAUUUCUUUUAAUACCGCUCUACUGGGAAGUGAGGGUUUUGUGGCUGUGCUUGCAAAAACAUGAGCUGUGUCGACGACUGUAGAGACGGCAGAAGAGAAGAAGCAGAGUUCUGGCGUCCAGGUGGGAUCAAAGUAGUGGAUGAUUCUCUUCAGCUUGAUCGGUACUCACUGGGAAACAAUGGAACUUUCCCAUCUGCACAACUCGAUAUUGAUGAGAAGCAUUUGAUUGACCCAAAGUUACUUUAUAUCGGAGCAAAGAUUGGAGAGGGAGCUCAUGGGAAAGUCUAUGAGGGGAAGUACUGUGACCAGAUAAUAGCAAUCAAAGUUUUAAAUGGCGGCAGUACUCCAGAAGAGACAGCAACUCUUAGAGCUCGUUUUAUUCGAGAAGUAAACAUGAUGUGCAGAGUACAGCAUGAGAACCUGGUCAAGUUCUUUGGAGCCUGCAAGGACCCCUUCAUGGUGAUUGCCACGGAGCUGCUUCCAGGAAUGUCAUUGAAGAAAUAUUUGAGCACCAUUCGCCCCAAACAACUAGAUCUUUAUAAAGCAAUAAGCUUUGCACUUGAUAUUGCUCAUGCAAUGGACUGCUUACAUGCUAAUGGGAUUAUACACAGAGAUCUGAAACCUGAUAAUUUGUUGCUUACAACAAAUCAGAAGAAUGUGAAGCUUAUCGAUUUUGGACUUGCAAGAGAAGAAACAGUGACUGAGAUGAUGACUGCCGAAACUGGGACUUACAGAUGGAUGGCUCCUGAGUUAUAUAGUACUGUUACACUGCAUCGUGGUGAGAAGAAGCACUACACAAACAAGGUUGAUGUUUACAGCUUUGGCAUUGUUUUGUGGGAGUUGCUAACCAACCGAAUGCCAUUUGAAGGAAUGUCAAAUCUGCAAGCUGCAUAUGCCGCUGCUUUUAAACAAAUGCGCCCACCCCUGCCCGAGGAUACUCCACCGGAGCUUGUGUUCAUCGUGCAGUCAUGCUGGGUGGAGGAUCCGCAUACACGGCCCACCUUCAGCCAGAUUAUUCGCAUGCUAAAUGCCGUCAUUUGUACCCUCCCACCAGCACCAGCACCAGCACCACCAGAACAGGACACUGUUCCUGCUACGAUGAGCACCAGAGGUACCAUUACAACCACCACUUCCACACGCAGGGGAGGCAAGCUUUCUUUUCUUCGUCAGCUCUUUGCUGCGAAGAAGGAAGGUAAGAGUAGCACAUAAGAUAGUCGAGACUUAUAUUUUUGGUUCUGCCAUGGGGUUGGCAGUGUAGAUUACAAGUUAUACCGGAAAAUUCGGGCUUAUGAAAACAUUGUAAGAAAAAUCAGUGAAGGAAGCAGUAUACAAAAGCCACUCAUAGCUAAUUCUACUCUUCAGAUUUUUCUCUU